CUCGUCGUCCCUCGCAGACGUGCUCCGUCCUUGUCGUCGUCGUCGUCCCAGAGAGAACGAUUCCACGCGGGGUUGCUCGUUUAUCUCCGAGAGACCCGGGUUCUCGGUCAGAAGCGCUCCUUCUCUCUCGCUCUCUUCUCUCUUGGGUCGAGCCUGUCGGAUAAGGGAUUGUGCGGGCGGCGACUCCUCUGGUCGACUCGGUUCUUGGUCGGAUUAGGGAACAGAGAGGGAUGGAGGGCGGGAUGGACGAGAAGGCGGCGAAGAUGGAGAAGCUCUCCUCCGCGGCGGCGUUCGUGGAGGGCGGCGUGCAGGACGCCUGCGACGACGCCUGCAGCAUCUGCCUCGAGGCCUUCUGCGACAGCGACCCCUCCACGGUUACAAGCUGCAAGCAUGAUUUCCAUCUCCAGUGCAUCCUUGAGUGGUGCCAGAGAAGCUCCCAGUGUCCCAUGUGUUGGCAGGCAAUCAGCAUGAAGGACCCUCUGAGUCAGGAGCUCCUAGAGGCUGUUGAACAAGAGAGGAAUGUGCAAGCAGAUCGCUCACGCAGCACGACCGUUUUUCGCCAUCCAAUGCUCGGACAUUUUGAGGUACCAGUAGGUACUGAUGACGGUGAGCUUGAAGAACGUAUCAUGCAACACCUGGCCGCCGCUGCCGCGACACGUAGGUCGCACCGCCACGCUAGAAGGGAAGGCCACCGUGGAAGAUCAGGAGCACAUGGUCGCACCCAAAUUGUAGUAUUUUCGACAACCGACACUACCUCUAGUGACCCCAUUUCUUCAGAUUCACGACACAUAGGGGACAGUGAGCAUUCUCCUGAUACAGUAUCUGCUCCUGUGGAUUCGACGGUAGAAGCAUCUGCCGGCACAUCUGUGCGCAACAAUACUUCUGCUAACUGUCCCGACAGCAUGUCUUACGAUGAAUCAUCUUCUAUCAACCAAGAUGGAGCUGGACCAUCUGAUCCACAAUCGUUCUCAGAGACGCUCAAGACCCGCCUGCAAUCGGUUUCGACAAAGUAUAAGGACUCGAUAACAAAGAACACGCGCGGGUGGAAGGAACGGUGGCUCGCACGGAGUGACACAAUAUCUACUCUUAGUUCUGACGUGAGGAGAGAGGUCAAUGCCGGAAUGGCCGCUGUGUCUCGUCUGAUGGAACGGCUAGAAACAAGGGAAGGGAGUGGCUCUGGAACCUCAUCGGCUUCUUCGGACAAUGAUCCCCCUGCUACAGAUGAUCAGAGGGACGCAUUGUCCAACUUUUGUUCUCCCGUAAAUGGCGCCACGUCUUCGGCAACUUGUGCGUCAAGAUCUGCUUCACAAUGAACCAUCUUAUACCAUGAAUGAUGAACUUAAUUUUAGGUGCAAGAUGAACCUGUCAUCUGUUACCAUUAGAACAGUCACAUGUAACAUGUUUGAUAUGUGCUGCAAAAGAUGCAGCUGUAAAGAACUGGUUGGAAGAAUGUACAUGACUCAUGGGGCCUGGGUGGUGCAACACCCCUCACACAGCA